CCAAGGUGGUGGCUUGGUUUUGGGGUCUCUGUCAUUCUCUGUGUUUCAGCACCAAAUUUGUGCCCUCUGCUGAGUGUCCAGACUUCCUUUGGUGUUGGGGAGAUGGAGAAGACUUUGAACAGAAUUCAUCCAGUUUCUGAUCCAGAAGCAACCUAUUUUCUACAGGUGUCAUGGGAAAAGGAUUUAGGCACUGGCUUUGGUUUACUUCUUAGUGAUUGUCAGUGUGCCUGGACUGGGACAGUGUCUGAAUCAGACAUUUCUAGGGAGGCUGCUGACAUAGAAAUGGACAGAGAAAAAUAUGUGGAAGAGCUGAGGAAAGCACUGAUAGCUGGAGAAGAGUCAGCUGGCAAAUACAACUUUGUGAUUUCAAGAGAUGAGCAGAAUAAGGCCUGUCACUUUUCCUAUGAAAGGAACCUGAAAGAUGGCUCUUUCAGUCUUGGAUCUCUGAAGCUGAAGGAAGUCCCAAACCCAGCAGAGGUGAUCAAGGAACUCAUUGGUUACUGCCUGGACAGCCUGGGGAAGCUGCAGGCCAAAACUGAGCAUCUGCAGAGGGAAAAUGAAAGGCUUUUCAGCAACUGGAGCGAGGCGGAGAAGAGGCUGGAAAAAUGCGUGGAAGCGAAGGAGGAGCUGGAGGCAGACCUUUACAGCAGGUUUGUUUUGGUGCUGAAUGAAAAGAAGGCAAAGAUAAGGAACUUGCAGAAGUUGUUGAGUGAAGCUAAAGAACCCGCAGUGGAUGCCAAGUGUGCAAGGGAUAGUAUAGCUACUACUCAGGUGGUUGUAAAGAGAGAAAACAACUAUGAUGCCAGCACUGAUGAGGAAAGUGAAAAUCCAGCACGGGCCUCGUUGCCGUCAGCUCCGGAACAAAGAGAUUCCUCCCUGCUGGGCAGCCCAGACAUCGUGGACCCAGCUCCCAGGAGAAAACGAAGGCAAAGGACAGCAAAACCUGCAGGGACAGGAGCUAAGGUGGCUGCUUAUGAGGCAGAGCAGCCAGCCCAGGAAAAGGCUGGCCCGGCCUCCUCGGGGCAGCGCUGCCCGGACUGGGAUCUGGAGACCCUGGAGAACUCCUGCGAGCCAGGGCAGCUCUUGGAGGACAUGUAGCCACGGUGGGCCGGCCACAGGGACGCUGCUGCUCCCAGCACGGAUCAAUUAUAAACUAAAAGGGGUUUUUUUUACAGAACAGAGCCAAAAUCUCUGCUCUGAGGCCCUGAACCCUCCUGCGCCACGCUUCUUGCAGGCCUUGGCCUGCUGCGCCUCAUUUAUGGGUGUCCAAAAUUGAGUUUAGGCUCUUGGUGGAGCUUUUCUCACUUGUAUGGGGGAAUUGAGGGCAUUUUGGAUGAGUUUUUGCAUCCUCACAGCCUCUGGCUGUGCUCAGGAUCAACCAUUUCCCAGGCCCCAGGCAUGAGGUGAUGCCAGACCUGCACUGAGCUCAGCCUUUCCCCAGGCUUGGAAUGGAUAAAUCAGCUUUAUUGGAGGUGCAGGUGUGACUUUAGAUUGGUUCUGGGUCAAAGCAAAAUGUCCUUUUACUUGUGGCACUGUGCAUUGUAAGGUAUUCCAGCUUUUGGGAGUACAGUGCUAGUAAGGUUGAUAUUGACUCUUAUUUUAACUUUCUGUAGAAACCCACAGCAUUUAAAAUUGUGAUUUUUGAUACUUCAUCUAUUUCCUUAUGGCAAUUUCUUAAAAAAAAAAAAAAGAAGAAAAAUAAAAUGCA